CAUUAUCGGCAUAACACAACAGCAGGAGUGUAGUCCACUUACCCUCCGGUCCUCCGUGUCCUCGCCUGUCCGCCGCCGCGUCACUUCGCGUCACUCCGCGUCUCCCCCCUGCCAUGCCCCGCGUCAGCCCCUGGCUCCCCGCCCUGCUGUUCGUCCUCUUCCCGGGCCCGAGCUGGGGUUACUUCCCCGAGGAGCGCUGGAGCCCGGAGUCUCCGCUCCUCUCCCCGCGGGUCGUGCUCGCUCUCAUCUGCCGCAACUCCGCGCACUCCUUGCCGCUCUUCCUGGGAGCCGUCGAACGCCUCCGCUACCCGAAGGACCGCAUAGCGCUGUGGGUGGCGACAGAUCACAAUGUAGACAACACCACUGCUAUCCUGAGAGAGUGGCUCAUCAAAGUUCAGAAUGACUAUCAUUACGUGGAGUGGAGACCCGAUGAGGCAUCCAGUGCCUUCGAGGACGAGGUGGGACCUAAACACUGGAAUAAUCUUCGAUAUGAACAUAUUAUGAAGCUUCGUCAGGCGGCAUUGGACACGGCCCGUGAGGUCUGGGCCGACUAUCUGCUGGUGGCAGACUGUGACAACCUGCUCACCAACCCAGAUGUGUUGUGGAAAUUGAUGAGAGAAAACAAGACCAUUGUUGCUCCAAUGUUGGAGUCCAGAGCUGCUUACUCUAACUUUUGGUGCGGCAUGACAUCUCAGGGCUACUACAAGCGAACACCAGCCUACAUGCCUAUCAGAAAGCAGGAGCGUCGUGGCUGCUUCGCUGUACCGAUGGUCCACUCGACAUACCUGGUGGACCUACGGAAGGAAGCCUCUCGUCAGCUGGCUUUUUACCCCCCCCAUCCAGAGUACAGCUGGUCUCUCGACGAUGUCAUCAUUUUUGCCUACUCUGCUCGCAUGGCUGACGUCCAGAUGUAUGUAUGCAACAAAGAAACCUAUGGAUAUUUUCCUGUGCCGAUGCGCUCUCAUGCUACACUGCUGGACGAGGCCGAGAGCUUCUUGCACACUCAUCUUGAAAUCAUGGUGAAAAAUCCUCCCCUGGAGUAUUCCAGCUUCCUGACUCUUCCUCCCAAGCAGCCAAACAAGAUGGGCUUUGAUGAAGUGUUCAUGAUAAAUCUGGUGCGAAGAUCUGACCGGCGGGAGCGCAUGCUAAGAACAUUACACGAGAUGGAGCUCAGCUGUAAGUUGAUUGCAGCUGUGGAUGGCAAAGCUCUGAAUGAGAGUGACAUUGAGUCUAUGGGGAUUAGUAUGCUGCCUGGGUACAAAGACCCCUAUCAUGGUCGACCUCUCACCAAGGGUGAACUGGGUUGUUUCCUCUCUCAUUACAACAUCUGGAAGGAGAUAGCAGACCGCGGUCUGCACACAUCCUUGGUCAUUGAAGACGACCUGCGCUUUGAGGUGUUCUUCAAACGCCGUCUACAGACGUUGCUCCAGGAAGUGUCGGCACACAAGCUGGACUGGGAUCUCAUUUAUAUCGGACGUAAGCGAAUGCAGGUGGAUCAUCCAGAGAAGUCGGUGCCAAACAUCCACAAUCUGGUGGAGGCCGACUAUUCCUAUUGGACCUUAGGCUAUCUGAUGUCCUUGCAAGGAGCCCAGAAACUCUUGAAGGCGGAGCCUCUGAAAAAGAUGCUUCCUGUGGAUGAGUUCCUUCCUGUCAUGUAUGACAAACAUCCUGUCUUGGACUACAUGGACCACUUUGAGGAUCGGAACCUGCGAGCGUUCUCCGCGGAGCCGCUUCUGGUGUAUCCCACCCAUUAUACAGGAGACGCGGGCUACAUCAGCGAUACAGAAACCUCCGUGGUCUGGAACAACGAGACAACCAAGACAGACUGGGACCGUGCCAAGUCCAGGAAAACGCAGGAGCAGGUGGAGCUGAGCCUGGAGGCUCAGAACUCGGAUGUGCUUCAGUCCAAUCUGGAGAACUGGAGUGCACGGGAUGAGCUGUGAGGCCUUCAGGGAGCUCUCACACGACACCGAGCAGGUUGACAUACUGGGCAGGAGAAGAAAGCUAGGUGAGUGGAAGUAAUAAGGCGAGGUAGACAGACACAGGUCAAGUGAGACUUCAACGUUUGUCUCUUGUCACAAUUUGAUCUUUUUCUUAAAAGGAGGAGGUUGGAUCUAAAGUAAAAUUAACUCUUGAAGAGUCGCUGAGCAGCUUUCGUUUUAUUUAUUGCCUGCUAACACCUCCCUUUGGUUCACGUAUGACCAGACUGAAACAUUUAAUUACUGACUAACCCGCCUACUCUUUCAAAUAAACAAUUAACGCUUUAGGUCAGAUUAAUACUAGGGUUGCUGUGGAUUCAUUUACAUUAAUCACGUUCAUUUAAUCUAUAUUAAUAAUGUUUAAUUUAGCAUUUUGCAACAAAGAGAGUCAAGUAAAAGGGGAAUAUAAACGCACUUAGUGUGUUAAAACACUUUUAAAGGGGGCCUAUGAUGAUUUAAAUGGACAUGUAAAACACCUCCUUGUGGUCUAGAUAAUACUGUAUGUAUUGCUCCACAGUCCCUUUUACAACUCGUUUUUGGAGCCUGUCUGCAGAGUGUUCGAUUCUGGUGGCGUUCCCAGAUUGCAAAUUCAACUAUGCCCCACCCUCACCAUAGGUAUCAUAAUUUUUUCUUUUGAAAAGGUAGACCGUUUAAAUGUACAUUUUGAAGCCGUGCCACUGUUUUAUUUCCACACAGGGUCAAAAAUAAACUCUAUAAACAAUCAUCAUCAUCAUCAGCGGUCACUUGAAGCGGGUAUGACGGUCCUCCUUGUAAGGGGGGUAUCCCUUUAUGGAGGAUGGCUGUGCGUGACUUUGUUUAACGUGGGGAGACUGGUGCACAAACAGUCACCACACGAUCCUUGACAGAUCCGGGUCAGGGUCCAGUGGCAUGCAGUCUAAGACGACUGGGGACCUUUUUCUGCUGCAGCCUUCAUCCGCCAUCCCAGCCGUUGUGACGCUCCAUAGGUUAGCAGUCAUCCUCCGCCUGUUCCCCCGUUGAGAGGGUUGUUAAUUCCCCGUAACUGGGCCCACGUGGAUGUGGGGGUGCCUUCUUCCGCCAUCGCAGCCGUUGUCUUGGGUCAUACAUCUACCGUCUUCCGCCUGCUACGCCGUUGAGGUCUUCACCGUAUCCUCGGUUAGGGGGCAGUCAGGUACGAGGCCUUUGCCAAGGGCCACCUGGGGUAACAGUAGUAAAGGGGUUAACCUUCUAGUGCCCCCAAGACUCCAUAGAGGAGCCUCCACUGCCGGGUGCACUUUAACGUCAUGUCCAGGACACAAUAGUAUACUAUACAAAACUAUAAACAAUAUUCACCCGGUUACAGCGUUAGAUACACCUGCACACUCGCUGAUCGAUUCAUACUCUGCAUAAACAAAAUGCUGUUUUUAGCUGAAUUUAUGUACGUGAACGUCGCACGUCCGUAUCAUUAUGCACACUUUAUCCUACUUUUUUUUUUUUUUCAUAGCCUAAAGCAGAGAGGAAUGAGUAUUUAUAUUUAUAGUCAUACCAAAGACUAUAAAAAUGGGGCCAUUACCUCCCUGCUUGGCACUCAGCAUCAAGGGUUAGAAUUGGGGGUUAAAUCAUCAAAAUGAUUCCCGAGCGCGGCUGCUCACUGCUCCCCUCACCUUCUAGGGGCUGAAUAUGGGGAUGGGUCAAAUGCAGAGGAUAAGUGUGUGUGUGUGUGUGUGUGUGUGUGUGUGUGUGUGUGUGUGUGUGUGUGUGUGUGACUAUCAUUGGGACUUGAACUUUUUUAGCUUUUUAUAGUUAAUGGCGAAAUAAGUCUAUUCACCUCGCUGUGAUGUCACAAUGUAACCAGACUGCAAAACUCAGCAAGCAGAGGCAUCCAAAAUUACGUGUAAGCUCACGCCAAAAUACAUGAACUUUAUGAUUUGAUGUUUUGGCAUUGUUUAUUCCAACUUUCUAUCAAUACUUAUUUGUCAGUCAAACAUUCAUCAUAGAUCCCCUUUAACAAAGUAAUAUUUGUUUUGAUGUCAGUCAACAAUUCCGUCAUUUUUUUGUUGUCAUAUUUUCCAUAGAGAGGAAAAUCGAACCAUAUUGACUUGUUUACUAGUGCAGCCUGACACUACCGCAUCAACAGACCAUUUGACGAGUUUCAAUUAUAAUCCAAAUAAUGAUAUUGGAAUAAUGCGUUAAUUUUGCCAGCCCUAAAAUAAAUGCAAAAACUUUAUUUAUCUCAUAAUGAAAUGAAAUAGUGACAUUAAAUCAAUCCAACUAAUUUAAGUUGCCGACUCAAAUUGCAAUUACAGUAAGUACCGUAUUUUUCAGAGUAUAAGUCGCUCCGGAGUAUAAGUCGCACAUGCCAAAAAUGCAUAAUAAAGAAGGGAAAAAACAUACAUAAGUCGCACUGGAGUAUAAGGCGCAUUUUUGGGGGAAAUUUACUUGAUAAAACCCAACACCAAGAAUAUACAUUUGAAAGUCAAUUUAAAAUAAAUAAGGUUAGUGAACAACAGGCUGAAUAAGUGUACGUUAUAUGACGCAUAAAUAACCAACUGAGAAGGUGCCUGGUAUGUUAACGUAACAUAUUAUGGUAAGAGUCAUUCAAAUAACUAUAACAUAUAGAACAUGCUAUAUGUUCACCAAACAAUCUGUCACCCCUAAUCGCUAAAUCCGAUUAAAUCUUAUACGUCUAGUCCAGGGGUGCCCAUUACGUCGAUCGCGAUCGACUGGUCGAUCUCGGAGGGUGUGUCAGUCGAUCUCAAGCCAGGCAUUAAAAAAUAGACAUAAAAAUGAGCAGUCAUCAAUCAUACCAAGACUUCACUUUCGUCAGUUGUUUGACAUUCUCGGCACCCGAGGAUCUUGUGAGAUGACGCUGGCUGCUGCGAGCUCAUAUUUAAGAAAAAAAUCACUAACAGGGCGGACGCAGAGAAACACAUUUUAUUUCUAGAGACUCCGUACCUACUGUCAAAACUCUAAAGACCAACUGCACAGUUCCUGUCUUCACCAUAAAAGACCUGUUUCAUCCUGCCUGUGCUAACAAAAUAAGAGUCUCAGAAAGUUAGCGUGCACAAGCUAGCAAGCUACGGAGUUUGAUGCCAAUGUAUUUCUCCCCCGCCCUAAGCGACCGCUUUCUCACUUGCUUGCCCACCCGCACACUCACUGACGUCACUCACCUGCUGCCAGACAUUAAAGGGCCACACACAUAUGCUACUCUCAUAACAAAGUGUUUAAAAAGGAGUAUGCAAGUUGGACAAAUGAGAUUCCAAAUCCAACCACUUUCAUGUGGUAUUGGACAGAAAGGAGGACUUUUUUUAUGAAAAUGCGGACGUUAUCAGCACCACUGUCUAAUUCCAAUCAAUGCAAGUCAUCAGAAUCAAAUACACCAACUUAUAUUCUUGUCUUCAUGAAAGAAAGGAAUCUAUGUGUGUUAAACAUGCUUGUAUUAUCAUUAAACACCAUUAACUUGUUAACAAAAAUGUCUCUUUCAUAAAUAAAUAAAUAUAAAUUAUAAAUAGGAAUGAGGUAGAUCUCCUCGACUUGGUCAAUUGAAAAGUAGCUCGCCUGCAGAAAAAGUGUGAGCGCCCCUGCCCUAGUCUCUUAUGUGAAUGAGCUAAAUAAUAUUAUUUGAUAUUUUACGCUAAUGUGUAAAUAAUUUCACUCAUACAGUAAGUCGCUCCUGAGUAUAUGUCGCACCCCAAGCCAAACUAUGAAAAAAACUGCAACUUAUAGUCCGAAAAAUACGGUACAAGCUGGUACUAGAUUCCUAUACAUGUCAAACUCCAUCGUCACCAGCUGCUUGGUUUUAACGGGGCUUUGAGGAGUUUAAAAACCAUAUAGAGUAAAAUUUGUUAUUUGCCAGAGGGAAAACAAAAUGACUCUUAGUGUUUUUUGACAUGCAUUGCUCUCUGCUUAAAUAGUGUUAUUUAUUCUACUUUUUCAAAAUAUACUAUUCGCCUUUUUACACUCAUCAAUGCAUGUGCAUCUUUUUCUAAUAAUAGUAUCACAAUUUGUACUUGUGAGGCUGUUUUUUUUUUCACAAUUGCUUUUGUUGACGCGCAACUUGCAGGUUGUGAUACAGUUGGUUUGGCUUUUACAAAUGGAUGUGUUUGGGAGAAAUAAUUAAACAUUUUAUAGAUAA